CAGGAUGAGUAACGUCCGGUUGUCUGCAGCCUCCACCCCUGUCUCCAAGGUUACAGGCCUGUCACCAGGUUUCAGUUCCCGUAGCAACGAACCUCCAGCCUUCAUCCUCCCUCCCCGAAACGCCCGGGUGGCCCUGGGGGGAGACGCCCGACUGGAGGGGAAGGUGCGUGGUCAUCCUGAGCCUCAGGUCACAUGGUACAGAGAAGGGAGGGCUGUGACUGGUGGAGAGCGCUGUGUCCUGAUGCAAGGUGGGCGGGGCAUCUUCAGCCUGGUGGUAGGUGGAGUCACAGAGGAGGACCUGGGCCGUUACACCUGUCAGGCAACCAAUCAGGCAGGGAGCCGGGAGGUUACCGUGGAGAUCCUUCAGGAAGUGAACUCCGGGAAGAAAAAUGGCCUCCCGUCCUUGAUGAGAACAGGGUGUCGCUCUGCAGUCCCAUCGAUAACGAACAGGCCCAGCAUUUGGGGCGAGAGUCCGCCGAAGUUCAUCACCAAACCGGGCAGAGUGCUGGCUAAACUGGGACAGACGGGGAAGUUCACCGCCAAGACAACAGGUCGUCCUCAACCCCAGGUCACAUGGUACAAGGGGGAGGCAGAGCUUCUGUCAUGUGGGCGGGUCUGUAUGUAUGAGCGCUCUGGCCUUCACUUUCUGGAGAUUCAGGAAGUGGGAGUAGAGGAUGCAGGAAGUUACACGUGUUUACUAACCAACAGUGCCGGAACUGCAUCUGCUUCUGCCACGCUCAGUGUCCAAGAUGUUCCUGAAAACAGCUCCAGGUCGGCUCACUCGGCUGAGAACUCACAGUCAGGCAGCAGAGACCUGACGGAGGACACAGCGCCUCCCAGUGCUCCAAGUGCUCCCAGUUCUCCCAGUGCUCCUAGUGCUCUUAGUGCUCCCAGUGCUCCCAAUGCUCCCAGCUCUCAGACACAGCCGCUCACACCCAGAGAGAAACAUCAUCAGAGACCCCCGUCUCAUCCCGGAGGGAGGGUUAAACCUCCUGUGCAGGCCCCUCCUGUGGCUGAGAGGAGAACUGCACCUGCUCAGGUCCAGUCCCUUAUGGGUUCUGUUCCAGUUCAGACCGAUUCAGUCCAGAAGUCAGUGAUCGGCUCAGACAGCACGAGGGCUGAGAGGAAGUCAGCCACGGGGUCCAACCUGCGGUUCGAGGCCGUUCCUCUGGACCAGGAGGCCACAGAGGGAGCUCAGGUCACAUUCACCUGCCAAGUCUCCUCCGUCACUGUUGCCGCGGUAAUGUGGCUGAAGGAUGGGGCCCCGGUGAGGACUGGAGGGUGUCUGCAGCAGAGACAGGACGGGACCCGUCUCACUCUCACCAUGGAGAGAGUGAGACGGGUGGACCAGGGGACGUACAGGUGUCAGCUGAGCACUGCUGACGGACUCACUGUGACCUCUGCAACAUGGAUGCUCAGCGUGAACAGCUGCAGACCAUCGGUGGUCACAGAGGUCAGAGGAGUGUGUGCGGCUCCACGUUUCGUACGACGGCUCGCAGACAUGCAGGUGAUGGACGGCAGCAGAGUCACCAUGACUGUGGAGCUGACGGGUCACCCUCCUCCAGACGUGGUGUGGCUACAUGACGGGCAGGAGGUGACGGAGACGGAGGACUUCCACCUCCUCAGGGAGGAGAGCCGCUGCACCCUGCUGAUCCAGGAGGUGUUCCCCGAGGACAACGGGGGCUACAGCUGUCAGGCCUGGAACCAGUACGGGGAGGACGCCACCCACUGCCAGCUCACUGUGGAGGAGCCUCAGGACGGCGUUCAGCCCUGGUUCAUCACUAAACCCAAACCUGUAAGCGCCGCCGUGGGUCAGCACGUCCUCUUGUCAUGUGCCAUCGCCGGAGACCCGUUCCCCCAGUACACCUGGAGCAAGGUGGACCCCAGCCGAUCUCUGACCUCUGGAGGAGACUACGAGCUGCUGCAGAAGGAGGACGUGGUCUCUCUGCUGAUCAGGAGGGUGAAGAAACAGCACGCGGGAGAAUACCUGAUCACUCUGAGGAACUCGGUGGGGGAGUGCAGCGGCGUGGCCUGUCUGUCUGUCACUGAUGGAGAGACGGACCGGACGAGAGGAAGAGGAGGACGAGGGGGAGAGGACAGCAGCAGUGUUGGUGUCAGUCGGCAGGAGGCCAACCAGGAGCAGAAGGAGAGCCAGAAGCUCCUGCACCUGCAUCAGGAGGACAAGAAGAAGAAGGAGGAGGACCAGGACUCCCCAAGCGCCAGCACCGCUCCCCGAGGCCUCCUCAGACGCUGUGUGGACACCAGGGAGCGCGGUGAGGAGGAGCUGCGACAGAGGGAGGCGCAGCAGCUGGACUUUCGCUCCCUGCUGGGACGCCGAGCUUUCAACGCCAAAACCAACCAGGAAGAAGAGCAGAGGGAGGCCGGCCUCGUCGCCGCCGAGCACCACUUUCAUCAGAUGGAUUUUAAGGCCAACUUGAAGGGCGUCAAAGCCAAGACGGAGGAGAACAAGAACACCUCCUCCGGACAGGUUGACUUCCGCUCCGUGUUGGGGAAGAAGGGCGCCCCAGGCAACGGGAACAAACCUGCAGAUAGCCCUGGGAAGAACGCCGGAGACUUCCGUGCCGUCCUCUCCAACAAGAAGAAGCCAGGGAGUCCCGAGAAGAACGGCGAGGGCGGGAAGACGGAGAUUAACAACUGCGUGGAUGGAGGGAUUAACGAGAAGAAGAGCGGAGGAGGAGGGAAGGAGCCGGAGUUCGUGGAGAAGCUGAGUGAUGUGACGGUGCUGGACGGGCAGCGGCUCCGGCUGCAGUGCCGCCUCGCCGCUGCCACCACAGACGCCACCGUCACCUGGACGCUGGACGGGAAGGUCAUCAAGUCGUCCAAGUUCAUCGUCCUCGCAAACGAAGGUGGCCUGUGCUCUCUGACUAUCGGCAAAGCGCUCCCUGAGGAUGAAGGACAGUAUAAAUGCCGAGCAGAGACCUCGGCAGGGAAAGCUGAAUGCUCCUGUAUGGUUCUAGUCGACGACCCCACAGAAAACUCUCCGGCUGACAAGAAGUCGAAGAAGGCGACUCCGACCUCAGAGAGUGAAGCCAGAAUAAAGAAACCGACGACAAAGACUCCUCCAAAACAAGCUCUCCCUCCUCAGAUCCUUCAGUUUCCAGAGGACAUGAAGAUUUUAGCCGGAGAGAAGGUGGAGAUCCUCUGCAAGUUCUCUGGAGCUCCGCCCAUCAACUGCACCUGGCUCAAGUUCAGGAAACCAAUCCAGGAGGGCACAGCUGAUAUCUCCAUAGAGAGCAGUGACAGCAGCAGUCAGCUGACCAUCACCAGCGGUCAGCAGGAACACUGUGGCUGUUACACCAUCGAGCUGAGGAACAGCUACGGUCUCCGCCAGGCGGCGCUCAACCUCACCAUCGUCGAUAAACCCGACCCCCCGGCUAAGGUCCCUGCAACCUCAGAUGUCCGACGUGCGACUCUGACCCUGUCCUGGUACGGGCCGACGUACGACGGAGGCAGCGCCGUUCAGUCCUACAACGUGGAGAUCUGGGACUCUGUGGAGCCCACGUGGAAACAGCUGGUGUCCUGUAACAGCACCUCCUACAAUGUACAGAAUUUGCUCCCGGAGCGUCAGUAUAAGUUUCGUAUCCGGGCGGAGAACAUCUACGGCGUGGGCGAGCCGAGUGCCGAGUCUGAACCUGUGACCAUGGGACUGGUGGACGAUGAUGCUCUGGACGAGGCCGAGGAGGAAGACGAUGACUCCGAGAAAGAGCCGGACUACAGGGACGUGAGCAUCAGAUCAGACGUGAAGGUGAAGGAGCUCUACGACGUGGAGGAAAGGCUGGGAACGGGGAAGUUUGGUCAGGUGUUCAAACUGGUGGAGAAAGCGACGAAGAAGGUUUGGGCAGGGAAGUUCAUCAAGGCGUACUCGGCGAAGGAGAAGGAGAACGUGCGGCAGGAGAUCGGCAUCAUGAACAGCCUCCAUCACCCCAAACUGGUGCAGUGCAUCGACGCCUUCGAGGGCAAGUCGGACAUCGUCAUGGUGCUCGAGAUCAUCUCUGGCGGCGAGCUGUUUGAGCGGAUCAUCGACGAGGACUUUGAGCUGACAGAGAGAGAAGUGAUCAAAUACAUGCUGCAGAUCAUCGACGGCGUGGCCUUCAUCCACAAACAGGGCAUCGUCCACCUCGACCUCAAACCUGAAAACAUCAUGUGUGUCAACAAGAUGGGCAGCAAGAUCAAACUCAUCGACUUCGGACUCGCCAGACGACUCGAGAGCGCGGGCACUCUGAAGGUUUUGUUUGGGACUCCAGAGUUUGUGGCUCCUGAGGUGAUCAACUAUGAAGCCAUCAGUUAUCCUACAGACAUGUGGAGUAUAGGAGUCAUCUGCUACAUCCUGCUGAGCGGUCUUUCUCCGUUUAUGGGCGAUAACGACAACGAGACUCUGUCCAAUGUCACAUCAGCCACCUGGGACUUUGAGGACGAGGCGUUUGAUGAAAUCUCCGACACGGCCAAAGAUUUCAUCACCAACCUGCUGAAGAAAGACAUGAAGACUCGUCUCACCUGUGCUCAGUGUUUUGAACACACCUGGCUGAAGCAGGACACCAACACCAUGAAGACCAAGAAACUGUCCAAAGAAAGGAUGAAGAAGUACAUCCUGAGGAGGAAGUGGCAGAAAACGGGGCACGCUGUGCGAGCCAUCAGCAGACUGUCGUCCAUGGCCAUGAUGGCGGGAGUCAGUGCCAAGAAGGGCUCGCCCACCGAAGAGGAUAAUCAGUUCCUGGAGUGUUUGGAGUACGAGCAGAAGACGGAGUGUAAGCCGACGUUCAGCUCCGUCAUCAAGGACGUGGAGGUGGUGGAGGGCAGCGCCGCCCGUUUCGACUGUAAGAUCGAAGGUUACCCCGACCCUGAGGUGGUCUGGUACAAAGACGAACAGCCAAUCAAAGAGACCCGACACUUUCAGCUCGACUACGACGAGGACGGAAACUGCAGCCUUGUCAUUUCAGAGGUUUCAGGUGACGAUGACGCCAAGUACACAGUGAAGGCGGUGAACAGUCUUGGGGAGGCGACCUGCACCGCCGAGCUGCUGGUGGAGGUGAUGGCGGGAGAGGAGGAGGAGGAAGAGGAGGAAGAGGAGGAGGAGGAAGAGGAGGAGGAGGAGUAAAGUAGUGUGCACUCCCACAGGAGGAGGAGGAGGAGCCUGUCACACCUGAGCAUGAAAUACUGACCCCUUAUUAUCAGAUGUUGUUGUUCCAGGUGGAGCAGGUGGGCGGGGUUUGUGGUGAGCAUGUCAUGAACAUAUCACAUGAUUUAAAUCUCAAAACUUGUCUCAAA